AUGCCGCCGAAACAGAACGGAGAGACCGAGCACGACUUGCAGGAUGCAGACUUUGCAAAGGCAUUCCAGGAGCUCAACCGCGGCGAACAGACUGCCAGUGCUCUCGAGAACCAUCUGGCCGCCCUUGAGGCAAAGAUAGAUGAGCUUCUUGCUGCGACUGGCCAACAAGAUCAUUCACAGUCUUCAUCUUCUGGAUCCAGCUCUACAUCACAGAACUCAUCGGGCCAACAAGCCUCAUGA